AGUUGAGAAGCUUCAGCCUGGGUCGCUGUAGGGUAUGAGCGGUCAUUGGUAACACAGUAACUAACGAACAGCAGCACAGUGUCAUUGCACACAACUACUCCCUGUUAUUAUAAACAAAUCAACUUUGGAUUUGAGAGCACGGUGCUGGCAAAAGCAACAAGGAAGACACGGUAACAGGCAGCUUUGAUGCUUUGAAUUGUGUAUAGAAAUUUACCUACUAUAUUUUUAUAUCCUGAAUCUCUUCAAAGGAGCCGAUAACUGCAUGUGCGUGGUCGCGCUGAAUACACCGCAGUGCUAAGAACCUGAAUCAGGGCUGAGGUGCGAGGAUGGGGAGGAAGAAGAUCCAGAUCUCCAGGAUAAUGGACCAGCGCAACAGACAGGUGACGUUCACGAAGCGCAAGUUCGGUCUGAUGAAGAAGGCGUACGAGCUGAGCGUGCUCUGUGACUGCGAGAUUGCGCUCAUCGUCUUCAACAGCAACAACCGACUGUUCCAAUACGCCAGCACAGACAUGGACAAGGUGCUGCUGAAAUACACUGAGUACAGCGAACCGCACGAGAGCAGGACCAACACGGACAUCCUGGAGACCCUGCGGAGGAAAGGCCUGGGGCUGGAAGCUCCGGAUCUGGAUAGCGAGGAGGCAAUGAGCGCUGCAGUGGAGAAAUACCGGCAAAUGAACGAGGGCAUUGACCUGUCCCUCGGCCGCCAACGGUACUAUGGUGCCCCUCUCCUCUCCUCAGAGGCACAGUACCUACUCUCAGGCUCCUGUGAGAACGGGUGCUCCACAGGGAGCCCAGCCAGUGCCCACCUCAGCUCCCACAGACCCUCCCCCUACAAACCAGCUGGGCCCAGGGCUGCCCCCCAGCACUCUCCCAUACCCCCACACUCAGGGAUCGGCUACUCCAUGUUCUCCCACAGCAAUCAGAACCGCGCCCUGGAUACGAAGACUCCUCCCCCCCUGGAUCUGGGUGCGGAGAGCCGCAGAGCGGAGAUGCACGCAGCCCUGAGCGGGACCCGAGCUGGUCUGGGCACUGCGAGGGGGCUAUACCCAGGGAUGCACACAGGAAGCCAGGUGGUUGCCACAGGGAAAGCAGGUUUAGCUGGGUACACACUCUCUGCUGCGGGGCAACCAGAAUAUUCCCAACCAGGAUUUGCCCAUUCAGUGUCACUUCAACGCAAUCCAGUCAGUCCCUGGCAUCAGCCACAGCACCAGGACAUGCCCGUCAUGCCACACAGCAGUCUGGGCCAUCUUCCUUCUUACAGGAUAUCCAGCGUUGGCAGCCCCUUUCUUGGGCAGAACCCGACUCCGACCCCCCCUCUCGCUACCCCUCCUCCACAGUCUCUGAACGUCUGCAUCAAAUCAGAGCGCCUCUCUCCGGUCAACACCUGCUCCCCGGCCACGCCCCCGCAGCACCACCUCACCCGGCACUCUCCAAUCAGCAACCCCGAUUCCACAGACACCGCCCCGCUGGACAGCUACCUGGCCAAUCAGAGGGACAACUACCUGAAGGGCGGGUAUUCCUGCCCACUGAUCCCUGAGGGCAAAGGAGGGCUGCCUGGCAGGAGGUUAGAAAUCAAGGAGGACUGGCAGAGAUAACAGGGCCUGUCCAUUUGGUUUUAUUUUACAGGAAAACCUCUCUUUUCCCAACCGAUUGGGAUCAGGGUGCGUCCGGAACAGUGGAACUGUUCGGAUAAUCAGAUUAAAACUGUGAAAUCAGGAACCCCCUAUCUGUAAAUAUAUAACACACAGCUAUGGUCAAACGUUUUGCAUCACGUCAUCAAAGA